CAUCUUUCCCCGCACCACAAGAUUAUCACCACCUCGAACUUCCUUCCUUCUCUCUACUUCCUCCGAGAAUCCCCCAUUCUCCUCUGCGCCUUCCCACCCCUCAUCUCCGCUCCUCCCCGCCAUGACCGCCUGUCCUUGAUUCCUCCCAUCAUCUCCCCGCACCGAGACCACCGGAUCUAGUCCCCCAUCCGACAAACCCCUACAGUAAACAACAACAACAACAACAAUGCUUCACUUCCGCACCGAGGGUUUCAACGGCUGCGCAGUCAAGUACUCUCCAUUCUUUGACAACCGCCUGGCGGUCGCCGCCUCCGCCAACUAUGGCCUAGUGGGCAAUGGACGACUCUUCAUUCUCGAAUUGACUCCCCAUGGCAUUGUCCCCGCCAAACACUUCACGACCCAAGACUCCCUCUACGACCUCGCCUGGUCCGAGAUCCACGAGCACCAAGUCCUGGCCGCCAGCGGCGACGGGAGCAUCAAGCUUUUCGACACGAGCCUGAACGACUUCCCCGUGCAGAACUGGAAGGAGCACAACCGCGAGGUGUUCAGCGUGCACUGGAACCUGGUGGCCAAGGACCGCUUCAGCUCCAGCAGCUGGGACGGCACGGUGCGCGUCUGGUCGCCGCACCGCCCGCACUCGCUCCUCACCCUCCCCACCCACAGCUGCACCUACGCCGCCAGCUUCUCGCCGCACUCGCCCGACCUGCUCGCCUGCGUCACCUCGGACUCGUACCUGCGGCUCUACGACCUGCGCACCCCGGCCUCCGCCUCCAAUCAUCUCACCUUACAGAUUCCGAUCCAUGCAGGCGCAGGAGCAAGCAUCAUGGCGCCGCAACCGGGGGCACCGCCGCCGUUGAUGGCCGGUGGCUCCGCCCCCGCCGAGGCCCUCACGAUGGAUUGGAACAAGUAUCGGCCCUCGACGCUGGCCACCGCCGGGGUGGAUCGCACCAUCCGGACCUUCGAUAUCCGGGCCCCGCACCAGGGCCCGCAGACCGUCAUGCUGGGCCACGACUACGCCGUCCGCAAAGUCGCCUGGUCGCCGCAUCUGUCCAACGUCCUGCUCAGCGCCAGCUAUGAUAUGACCUGUCGCGCCUGGACGGAUCAGUCCCCCGCCGGGGUCGUCGGGGAUGUCGACGUGAUGCGUGCCGGGCCCGGCGGUCCCAACAUGGGAGUGGAAUUGGGGCGAAUGGGCCAGCAUACGGAAUUCGUCACAGGGGUGGAUUGGUGUCUGUUCGGGAGUGAGGGCUGGUGUGCCAGUGUCGGGUGGGAUGAGAGUCUAUAUGUUUGGGACGUACGGGCUGUGAUGGGUGGUUGAUUCCGGUUUGUCCUGAGCCAACUCUUUUUUCUCACUGACUCUUCUUCUAUAUUAUGGAUAUAUGAUCUUAGACUGCAUGAUACCAAC